UGCAUCAAUUGAUAAAGGCUUAGAAAUCCGGGAACUCGCGCCUCCUCUGGCCAAGCCCGAGCUGCCCCACCCACCGCUCUUCCUCCUUCCCAGGGAAGAAAGGAGCUUCCCGCAGGCCACAGAGACGCGGUGGGAGAGGUGACCCUCCCCAAGCGCGGGGCUCGAGAAAGCUCACCCUCUCCCCCCGCCCCAGAGACUGCCGGCAAUCCGCGCGGCGCACGGCGAUGGAGUCCUCCUGGCUAGCGACGCGCUGGGCGCGGCCCUUUUACCUGGCUUUCGUGUUCUGCCUGGCCCUCGGGCUGCUGCAGGCCAUCAAGCUGUACCUGCGGAGGCAGCGGCUGCUGCGAGACCUGCGCCCCUUCCCCGCGCCCCCCACCCACUGGUUCUACGGGCACCAAAAGUUACUUCAGGAUGGUAAAAUGGAGAAGCUUGAGGAGCUUGUCGAAAAAUACCCUUGUGCCUUUCCUUGCUGGGUUGGGCCCUUCCAGGCAUUUUUCUAUAUCUAUGACCCAGACUAUGCGAAGACAUUUCUGAGCAGAACAGAUCCCAAGUCCAAGUACCCAUGCAAGGUCUUGCUUCCAUGUCUUGGAAAAGGACUAGUGAGUCUCGAUGGACCCAAGUGGUUCCAGCACCGUUGCCUAUUAACUCCUGGAUAUAGUGCUAACAUCUUGAAAUCAUAUGUCGAGGUGAUGGCCCAUUCUGUGAACAUGAUGUUGGGCAAGUGGGAGAAGAUUUGUGGCACUCAGGACACGAUCGUGGAGGUCUUUGAGCACAUCAACUUGAUGGCCCUGGACAUACUCAUGAAAUGUGCUUUCAGCCAGGAGACCAACUGCCAGAUAAACAGCCACUGUGAUCUUUAUGUAAAAUCGACAUUUGAAGCCAGCAAAAUCAUCUUUUAUCGCUUGUACAGUUUCUUACGUCACCACAACAUACUUUUCAACUUCAGCCCUGAGGGUCACCGCUUACAGGAGACCAGCCAAAUGCUGCAUCAGCACACAGAAAAGGCAAUCCAGGAUAGAAAGAAAGCCCUCGAGGAAGAGAAGAGGCAGGAUAACACUCAGAAGAGGAAGCACCAGGAUUUUCUGGAUGUUGUCCUUUCUGUCCAGGCUGAAAAUCGUGACAGCUUCUCAGACACUGACCUGCGGUCCGAGGUGAACACAUUCUUGUUGGCAGGGCAGGACACCAUGCCAGGGGCCAUUUCCUGGCUCCUCUACCACCUGGCUCUGAACCCUGAGCAUCAGGAGAGAUGCCGGGAGGAGAUCAGGAGCAUCCUGGGAGAUGGGUCUUCCAUUACCUGGGACCAGCUGGAUGAGAUGUCAUACACCACAAUGUGCAUCAAGGAGUCACUCCGAUUGGCUCCUCCAGUCCCAUCCAUUUCCAGAGAACUCAGCAAGCCCAUUACCUUCCCAGAUGGACUCUCCUUGACUGCAGGAAUAACUGUGGUUCUCAGUAUUUGGGGUCUUCACCAUAACCCUGCCAUCUGGAAAAAACCAAAGGUCUUUGACCCCUUGAGGUUCUCCCAGGAGAAUUCUGAUCAGAGACACUCCCACUCCUUCUUACCAUUCUCAGCUGGACCAAGGAACUGCGUCGGGCAGCAUUUUGCCAUGGCUGAGUUAAAGGUGGCCAUUGCUUUGAUUCUGCUCCGCUUCAAGGUGACUCCAGACCCCACCAGGCCUCUUGUCUUCUUGUCCCAGGUUAUCCUCAAACCCAAGAAUGGGGUCCACUUGCAUCUGAAGAAACUCUCCUAAUGUUAGAGCCCAGGGUACAAUGAUGCAUGUAUUUUGUCUUAAAGUUAAAUUACAGCUAAUGGUCCAAGAAAAUGGAGAGGAAUCAAAGUGUGGUGGGAGGGCUAGGGGCUGGGAUGGGGUCUCUGUGGAGCUGCACGUUCUCCAAAAACAUUUCCAACAGAAAUAAGUUUCUGUAUGACUUUGGGAGGUUUUUAGAUCUUUUCUGUUUUAUUCUGGCUACUAUUAAUGCUAGAUUCCAAGAAUUUUGCUAGGUGACUUCCAUAUAUUUUCUGUUGUUUUUAAAAAUACUUUUUAAAAAUUACACAAAAGGUGAAUGUAUCUUUAUAGUAAGAGAUUUCCAACACUAGUAAAGUAUAUAGAGUAAACAGUAAAAAUCCCCACUUGACGUAGCCCACACCUCCCUGCCCUGACCAAUUCUACAGCUUUUCCUAAAGCAGAAUAGUUUGGCGUGCAUUCUUUCAAACUUUUCCCUGUACAUUCAUAUGUACAUAUGUCUGUCUGUAUUCUUAUAGAUGGGCUCGUAUCUAUGUUGUUCUUGCUUUUAUCACUUAAUAAAAAUACACCUCAUUCCUAAUCAUGGCUUCAUGAUAUUCUAUAAGAUGGAUGUAGUAUAAUUUAACUAUUUUCCUAUUAGUGGAUAUUUAAGUUAUUUGUAGUUUUAAAAACAUGCCUAUUGGCUAUUUGUGUUUCUUUGU